UUUAAUGUCACAUCUCUGUUGAUGAUUGCUUGUCCUUCUUGCCAGGCCAUGGACAAGACUGCAGGAUGCAGGCAGACUCUCUGGGAGAUUUGUACCGGGCUCUGGAGCAGACCAGUCUGUCCACCUCGGCUGACCACAGAUCAGCCAGCCGCCUGGAGUACAAGCGCUCAUUUGUCCGCCGGGUCAAUGACCCCCUGCUCAAUGACAAGCUUCAUCGCCUCCGGAUCCUCCACAGCUCACUUAAGAAUGUCCCUCUUCAAGACACAAACCGGUCACUGGGUUUUUUAGGGUAGACUGUGAGGAUCAGUGAUUUAACCUCAAACGUAUUGCCUCUGCCUGUGCCUCACACAGCUGCCAUCCCUUUGCUGGAGAUUAAAGGCACCAAAAACCUCCCUUUACCUGCUCGGCUUUACAUCAUCCUUUCCUUUUACAGCAUCUUCAACCUCGCUCACCGUGCAGGAGCACAAAGACUUGGUGUCCCUCUCCACUUUAAAAGAUGAGGGUUGUUACGAAAAGCAAAAAAAAAAAAGAUGUCUGGCUUGAUUAAAUAACAGGGUUUAUGGCAAAUAAGCACUUUGCGUCUGUGUCAAAGACUUGUCGGAGAGCUUUGUAACUCAUUGCUUACAUG